AUGAACAACAACACGACGACGACUCUGUUGUUGGGGGUUGUUCUCCUGAUGACGACUCCAGUGUCAAAUUCCUACGCGAAUAGCAUUGAGGUUGCCAUGGAAGAGAUGCAGAGGGCAAACUACUUCACAUUCGUGAUGCUCCUCAGAAUGGCCCCUCCAGACCUGAUGAUGAUUCUGGAGGGUGGCAACCUCACCUUCUUCAUGCCCAACGACAAGACGCUGUCCCAGGACACCAACAUCGUAAAUCUCGCGGCACCGCCCAAUCACACCACCACCCCUUCUUCUCUCGCCCAUUUCUUGCUCCGCCAUUCCAUUCCAUCCCCGUUGCUCUUCGAAUACCUCCAACAUUUCCCCGCGGGCUCCACGGUCCCGACCUCCGAGCCCGACCUGGUGCUUAGGAUCACCAACCACGGAAGGAGGAGCUUCUUUCUCAACAACGUCAGAGUCAGCAGCCCCGACAUCUGCACUCGAGGAUCCUCCAUUAGAUGCCACGGCAUCGAUGCAGUCAUCCAACCUAAUUCAGUGCCUCCUCCACCCGCUGCUGCUGCAGAUCAUGAUUGCCGCCCAAUUCCAAAUCCUAAGAAUAAUAAUAAUGCAACAAGUCCUCCUCCCGCCCUGCAGCCCGCUCCACGGGAAGGCGAUGGUACUAGUAGUGCUGCUACAUCGUCAGGAGUAGCGGACUCUAGAAACAGCGCACCACCGUCCCUUCCUGGGCUUGAGAAGAUGUUCGAAUUUGCUACCAAGUGUGUGGCGCUGUUAGUGCUCAACUUAAUUGUAGUCUAA